AUGGCCGGUAGUGGAUCCAACGUCUCAGACCCCUUCUCCGAUCAUGCCGCCGUCCAGGACGAACGCGAAGCAAUCGUCGACUCUACUCUGGCCGUCGGCCGCAACGCCACCCUUACCUUGGGCACUGAUGCGGUCAUUGUUUUAGAUGAAGGACUUCGCAAAGGGACUGGAUUCAAUUGUUUCGGCUUGUUGCCUCAAAGAACCACCAGCACUCGCUCCAUUCCCUACUUUAAUGUUUUAUGGGCAGAAAUCGUCAAAGACGACCUUACCAUCCGAUAUGCCAAACCCGACUCGAGGUCCGCGGACUCCCCUGUACACGUCGCAUACAUCAAUUACACACUAGACAAUUCUACCUAUUCACAAGAGAGGGCGUCCAAAUGGGUGGCACGCCUCUUGGAUCGAGCCUAUGCACAAUCACAGCGUAACAAGAGGAUAAAACUGUUGAUCAACCCUUUCGGAGGAGCCGGAAAAGCUGUCAAACUUUUUACCCGGGAGAUUGAACCCGUCUUCGCAGCGGCGAGGUGCGAAGUGGACGUGGAGCGCACCACGCACGCAGGGCAUGCUGUGGAAAUAUGCGAAAAGCUCGACAUCGAUGCGUACGAUGUCAUUGCAAGCGCCUCCGGUGAUGGACUUCCCCAUGAAUGUAUCAAUGGUCUGUCCCGGAAACCAAAUGCGGCGGAAGCGCUGAGGAAGGUAGCCAUCGUCCAACUUCCUUGUGGAAGUGGAAAUGCCAUGUCAUGGAACUUGAACGGGACAGGACAAUGCAGCACGGCGGCACUUUGCAUAGUCAAAGGGGUGCGGACACCUCUUGACCUUGUGAGCAUCACUCAAGGCAACCAACGCACGCUUUCUUUCCUGUCCCAAGCCCUUGGUAUAGUUGCCGAAAGUGAUCUUGGCACCGAGAAUUUAAGGUGGAUGGGCGAUACGAGAUUUACAUUCGGCUUUCUCGUUCGACUGCUUGGGAGAACAGUCUACCCUUGCGAAAUAUCCAUGAAGAUCGAGAUCGAAGACAAGCAGGAGAUCAAGCGACACUACGCUCGACAAAUGGCCCGGCGAGGAGACCAAAGUAUGUUGUCACAGAAUGAGCUGGACGGACCCCUAGAUACAUCCACGAACCUCGGGCUCCCACCUCUACAGUAUGGCACCAUCAACGACCCCCUACCUACCGGUGCGGGAUGGACACCCAUGACCCCAUUCCCCAAGCUUGGCCAUUUCUAUAGCGGCAACAUGACGAUGAUGGCUGCUGACAUGCCAUUCUUCCCCGCCUCGCUUCCUUGCGACGGCCUUCUCGACCUUGUGACGAUCGAUGGUGAUAUCGGGCGGAUGAAGUCUCUUGAUCUUCUCUUCUCCAUUCCCAAGGGAACGUUCUUUGACAAGGACUGCGUACAUGUCCGCAAAGUCAAAGCCGCGCGAGUGAUCCCCCAUUAUGGCCCCCUGGCACAGAAUGCCCGGGGUGUGAGCCAGCGGAAGAAAAUCGGGUACUUUAGCGUUGAUGGCGAAAAGAUGCCUUUCGAACCCUUUCAACUCGAAGUUCACAAAGGAUUGGGCACGGUGCUGAGCAGGCAUGUCGGUAUGUAUGAGGCCAUAGGGCCACCAGGCUGGCAAGAUGUCGAUCUUGGCCGAGGAAACGAAGGAUUCAAUUCUACGUGA